AUGCCGUACUGGAGAUACAACCCCGGCUUGCAGGUACAAGGAGGCUGGUGUACGAUCCCUGACCAGUUACAGAACGGCCGCUACUCCCCCAGCAGUAAGAGAUGCCGUACUGGAGAUACAACCCCGGCUUGCAAGUACAAGGAGGCUGGUGUACGAUCCCUGACCAGUUACAGAACGGCCGCUACUCCCCCAACAGAAACAGAUGCCAUACUGGAGAUACAACCCCGGCAAGUACAAGGAGGCUGGUGUACGAUCCCUGACCAGUUACAGAACGGCCGCUACUCCCCCAGCAGUAAGAGAUGCCGUACUGGAGAUACAACCCCGGCUUGCAAGUACAAGGAGGCUGGUGUACGAUCCCUGACCAGUUACAGAACGGCCGCUACUCCCCCAGCAGUAAGAGAUGCCGUACUGGAGAUACAACCCCGGCUUGUACAAGGAGGCUGGUGUACGAUCCCUGACCAAUUACAGAACGGACGUUACUCCCCCAGCAGUAAGAGAUGCCGUACUGGAGAUACAACCCCGGCUUGUCAGAUGAUACCUGGAGCCUACGUUCCUCCAAACUGGGUAAUCUACUUUAGCUGUAACCCUGGCUACAAGCUAAAUACAACCAAGCUCGUUGCUGCUUGUUUUAAUGGUAAUUGGAUCCCAUGGCUGGCCCAAUGUGAAAAGGAGUCAAGUUUGGAGCCGUGUGCCAAGUCAGGCACUAUUGUCAACAGUAGCAACAAUCGGUUAGACAGCUGCAGCGGCGAUGUCGUGUUUGAGGACUCCUUCAACGGUCAACUCAGCGACAUGUGGAGACAUUCCGUCCUUAUUGGUGACACUCCGGACGAUAUGUUUAACGUUUUCCGAGAUGACCCGCAAAACAGCUUCACCAGUGAAGGGAACCUAGUGAUCAAGCCGACAGUGUUUAAUGCUGGUUACGUCACGUCAGGGUUACUGCAUCUACAAGGCUGCACAGCUCCAGAAGGGUUAGAGAUGUGGUUAUGUAAUCGGACAGGAUUCCCCUUCAGCAUUCUUCCUCCAGUUGCUUCAGCCAGAAUACAGACCCGAGAUUCCUUCAGCUUCCGCUACGGCGUGGUCGAUAUCAGAGCUAAGUUACCCAGGGGUGACUGGCUGGUGCCUGAGUUAUGGCUAGAACCAAAGGACCACGUCUACGGUCCAGGGUUGAGCUCAGGACGGAUCCGGAUAGCGUUGGUCAGAGGUAACUCUGAGCUGCAGUGUAAGGACGGCGACCUAGGACUCCAACGACUGGAGUCCGGUGUUCUCCUGGGUCCAGAGGACAAAGUCAGGAGAAGAUCCAUCCGCACCACUUUGCCUGACAGCUGGCUCGAUGAGUUCCAUAACUACAGUCUCAUUUGGAAACCUGGAAGCAUUUCUUUCAAGGUCGACAAUGAGAAUGAGAGAGAGCUGGCGUUAGAUGGAGGGCAUCUCUGUGGGGCUGACGCUGCUGAUGCAAACUGUUCCAUCUGGAGUAAUGGAUCAACCAUCGCACCUUUCGAUAAAGACUUUUACAUAUCACUUGGACUAUCAGCUGGAAGUGAACGGGAUUUUGCGGAUGAUUGCGUCAAUCGAGGACAGCCCAAGCCUUGGAGGAAUUUGGAUUUCAAGGCCAAGAGCGAUUUCUGGGACGACCGUGACAACUGGCGACUGACGUGGUCGGAGGCUGGGUCAGCUCUGUACAUAGAUCAUAUCCGGGUUACUGCACUCUGACGUGAUGGAGUUUCUACUCAUUAUAUGGGAAAUUGUUUGACGAUAUUACUAAAGACCGUUAUUAUUUACA